UGGUGCUCCCCUCUUUCCUCCCCCAGGUCAGCAUCAUCACGGCCCUGUUGGUCUGCCCCUCCCUCCGAAGAACUGCAGCCACCUCGCUGCGUGCCCGGGAGGAGCUCCAGCCCUCCGGAGUGCCCCCUGCCUGGGGGGCCACAUCACAGCACAGCGGGGGCUCGGCCUAAAGUGAAGCCAGAUGGGGGGACGAGCAGCCAACUUGGUGGGCGUGGGAAAGCCAGACCGGGCCGGUCCUCGGAGAGACUGAGCCUUUCCUCGCCCAAAGCGGAGUCGGCCACGCAGGGCCAGCGGCAGGCAGACCCCGAGCCCGCCAAGGGGCUCGGCCAUUCCUUGCGGCAGAAGCUCCAGGCUGCGGUGGGCCAGUGCUUCCCGAUCAAGAGCUUGUCUCGCUCCCCGGAUCUCUCUUCCCAGCGCAAAAUCCACCUCCGGGAGCUGAUGCUGGACACCUGCCCCUUCCCCCCCGGCUCGGAGCUGGCCCGCACAUGGAAGCUCAUCAAGCAGCACACGGUGCCCGUCUCCGAGCACGAUGGCCUGGCGCCCCUGCCCCCCGAAGACGAAGACGACCGCCUGAGGGAGCGGCGCCGUGUCAGCAUCGAGCAGGGCGUGGAGCCCCCCCCGGAUGCCUUGAUCCACACCUUCGAGGUGACGGCUCAGAUCAACCCCCUCUACAAACUGGGGCCGAAGCUCGCCCACGGGAUGACCGAGUUGGCUGGGCCUGGCCGGGUCAUGCUGACAGCCGCAGAUGAGCAGGAGGAAGGGGAGGAGGAGGAGGAAGAGGAGGAAGAGGAGGAGGAACUGGAGUCGGCCUUGGCUGGGCUGCCAGAGGUCAGGGACGGCUUCCGGGUCCACACCCAGAUCGAUUACAUCCACUGCCUGGUCCCUGACCUGCUGCGGCUGACCCAGCUGCCCUGCUACUGGGGCGUGAUGGACCGCUACGAAGCCGAGUCCCUGCUGGAGGGCAAGCCAGAGGGGACGUUCCUCCUGCGGGACUCUGCCCAGGAGGACUACCUCUUCUCCGUGAGCUUCCGGCGCUACGGCCGCUCCCUCCACGCCCGCAUCGAGCAGUGGAACCACAAUUUCAGCUUUGACGUUCACGACCCCAGCGUCUUUCACGCCCCCACCGUGAGUGGCCUCUUGGAGCACUACAAGGACCCCAGUGUCUGCAUGUUCUUCGAACCGCUGCUCUCCAUCCCUGUGAACCGCACCUUCCCGUUUGGCCUGCAGCACCUCUGCCGAGCCGUCGUGACCUGCUGCACCACUUACGACGGCAUCGGGCACCUGCCACUCCCCAGGGCGCUGAAGGAGUACCUGAAAGAGUACCACUACAAGCAGAGGGUGAGGGUGCGGCGCCUGGAUACCUGGGGGACCUGAAGCGGCUCCUUGAUGGCCAUCAGCAGCCGAUCAGCCUCCUGAGUCUACUCACUUUUCCUUUGGUGACAAUUGUAAUUCUUAACCCAUCUUCUCUAACCUGGCACUCUCUGGAACUGAUGGGUGUGCCUUUCCAGGAUUCCUAGCUAGCAUGCUGGCUGGAAAUACUGGGAGCUGUAGUCUGGCACAUCUGGAAAGCAUUCGGUUGGAGAAAGCGGCCCCGUCUCCCUCCGUGCUUCUCCAGUGUUGUGAGCACAAGUGUGUUUGCGUAUGCCUGUUUCACUUUGGUGCAGAAUUCAGUGUUGCAGAGACCUUAGGCUGUAGAGAUCUGGGGAGCACCCAGAAUCUUUGCAAGCAAGAGCAAACAACUGGACCAGAAAACAGAAGUUGAAGUAGCAUCAGAUGCUUGAGGGCCCGCCAGACAGAUCAUCUACCCCAACUGGUGCUCUGCUGCUUUGAGGCGAAAGCUACCUGUCAGUGGCCUGCCUUCAGUUCUUCCCCCCUCUGCAUAUGAAUAGUGGGGGUCUGUCAGGGAAGAGAUCAUGUGCAAACUGAGUUCCAAAGGCAGCCUCUGCAUUUUAAAGAACAAGAGUGGCUACAGCCUGAUUUCCACUUCAUUGCCCUGCGUUGGCAGUCCUGGGCAGCUGGUUUCUGGAGUCACCCUACUCCCUGGUGGGAACCGGGGGCAAGUCAGGACAAAGAAAAAGCACAAAGGUUUGGGGCUGGGAGUGUUUCCAAGCCAGGCUUUGAGCACAAGCGUCACGCAGGAGGAUAAGCCGGUGCUUCUCGUUGGGCACCGCCUCUGGCACAAUCCUGCAGUUCUUUGCUCUUCUUCCAUUCCUCCAAGUCGUAGUUGCUGCCCUAUGGAGACCUUGCUGACACCCCAAAUCCUGGUUGCCACAGGGCAGCAGAGGGAACCACAAGCGCCUUGCCUUGAGGGCUGAGGCACAGUAGCUGAAGAUCUAGAAGCCUUGUUUGCACUAUCCUUGGGGAGGGAUAAUGGGUAUAAUAUAGGCACAACUGCCUCUGAAUUCCUGCUGUUGGGCUUCCUCCACAACCUGUCGCUCUGUACCAUCGUGCACCAUUAAAACCUUUUUGGUCCACUGCUCCUCAUGGUGGACUUUCCUGUUAAACUUGGGGCUGAGUGAGCAGCCUGGGAGGGGACUGAAGCGGCUCCAAGGCCCAGCUGCCCCUCCCAGCAAAGGAAGACCUGUGCCCCAUCUCCAGCCUACACAGGCACCCUGGUUUCACAAAGGGGAGGGGCAAAGCACCCAAACCCUUUCCCACUGAAAAAUCAGGGCCAACAGGAACCAGUUGUCAGACCUGCCUGCAACCCUGCUCUCUGGACAGGUUUGAGUCUGGUUUUGCUUUCUGAAAGGUGAGCUGGCUGCCCCCAAACUAGUCUCGCUGAGCAGGAGGCAGGGGUGCCAAAGGGCCUGGUGGGCCCAGCUGUUACCAAGAGACCCGUGGCCCUGGGCAACUGCUAUUGAGGGUGCAAUGGAAGGAAGUCCUGGUAGAUCAUUCCCCAGGUUAAGAACAAACAGAUGUUGCCUUUCCUACUGCUGCCAAAUGCGCUGGGCCAGCCCAUUAGAUGAAAAAUGUCCGCCUAACAGAUCAUUCUUGUUGGCAGCAAUAGUGGAGGCAAACACAGGAGUGUAAUUUCAAAGGGCAGAUUCCGGCAGGUGGUCUCCAAAGGCCAACCCCCAAAGAACAGUGUUGGCAACUUUAAGAUCUGUGGAGUUCAAUUGCAUGCUGGCUGGGGAAUUCUGGGAAUUGAAGUCCACAGAUCUUAAAAGUUGGCAAGGUUGAGAAACAUUGCCACAGAAGAACCUGCUGCUAUAAACAACCCACAAGCUUUGCUUUGACUGGUGGGCCUUUUUCAGUGUAAGACACAAUGACUGGGUUAUUAGUGGUGUGCAAAAUAUUUCAUAUUUAAACACUUCUGAGUUUAGUACAGCAGUUUGGACCACUCCAGAACUCUCCUGAGAUUUAGUAGCAUCAGAAAAUUUCUGGGAAGGUUGGAACUAUCCAUUUCAAACAUAGAACAAUUGAAAUUCAAAAUGUUUGGCACAUCCAAGAUACAGAAACACCUGAGGGGGGCAGACUGGGUGCUUCCAAAGAGGAAAAAAUGGGGGGGGGGAUGACGUGUCACAAACAGAUGCACUGACUCCCCCCGUUAUCCCGGAACAGACCCAAAAAAUAAAAAUGUGUCACUCUCGGUUUAUAGUUAUAAAAAGGGGCUGUCUGAGCAAGCAUUUGCAGGGAGGCAAACCACGGGACAAAGGCUCCUGCCCUCCCCACGUCUGGGGCCUGAGCUUGAGAACGUGCAAGGACGUUCACCUGAACCAAAGGCAGACCCAGGAGGGAACACCCAGGCCUUCAAAGCCACGGCUGGUCUUGCUGGUGAACUUUGGGUAAAUCUGACAUCUCAGUGGCUUCUGAAGACACCACCGCUGGUUGCUCAAAUGCAGGAGGAGAUGGAGCAACCCUGCUGUAAGGCACCACGCUCCUCCCCAGGUGAGGAGGAGCAUCGGUCUGUCCAAACCAGCCACUCUUCCUCCAACAGGGAGCC